GACAGAGAGGGGGACACCUGUCGACGGAGUUAAUUUCUUUUGUCUUGUAAAGAAGUUUGAUUUGGUUGAUGGAUUCAGGCAGACCAUGCCCGGAGGAUGAGGAGUUCGUGGACAUUUUGGAGGAGAGGAGGCAAAACUGUGACCUCGGACACGCUUUCAGGACCUUUAAGCCUCGGCCAUUUGGAGGAGCCCUGCACUGCUCAGCUGCUGACCUCAGCACAGCCGUACUGGAGUCCCAGUACCUGCGCUACAUCACCAGGGAGAUUGCCAUGGAAACCGGGUCAUCGGAGGAGGCGGUGAAAGAGGAGGCUCAUGGGAUACUGCAGGAAAUGUCUCACAACUUGCAGCUGGGCUUCAUCCGGCUGCUUGGCUUCACCCUCAGCAAGGUGUUCAAGAGACUGUUCUCAAGCAUCUGCAUCAACAUGGAGGGAGUCAACAGGCUCCAGCAAGCCAUUCAGGAAUGUCCUGUGAUCCUGAUGCCCAAUCACAGGAGUUAUGUGGACUUCCUGGUUAUCUCCUACAUCCUAUUCACCUAUGACAUUCCUGUACCAGUUAUAGCUGCUGGAGUUCCUCUUGCAGGGAUGAAGAUGAUAGGGGAGAUACUACGUCGCUCUGGUGCUUUCUUCAUCCGUCGUGCUAUUGGCACCGACAAGUUAUACUGGGCUGUGCUUUCAGAAUAUGUCAAAACCAUUGUCAGAAGAGGAUUUGCUCCUUUGGAGUUCUAUGUGGAAGGCCUGCGGAGUCGCACACUUAAGUCCCUGACACCCAAGUUAGGUAUGAUGCACAUGGUACUGGAGCCUUAUUUUAAAGGUGAAGUGUAUGAUAUCAUGCUCGUGCCCAUCAGUAUUAGCUAUGACCGAGUGCUAGAGGAAUCACUGCUGGCUCAUGAGUUGCUGGGCAUACCCAAGCCCAAAGAGUCCACAAUGGCUCUGCUGAAGGCUAACAGAGUGCUACAGGAGGGCUAUGGCAGUAUGCAUGUGAACUUUGGCCACCCACUCUCUGUCAGACAGUUGUCUGAAGGCAGGAUUGACCGCCGCCAAUACAACCUCGUACCUAGAGAUCUUCCCCAGAAGCCCAGUGUUGAGACACAGGCCUGUGUAAGUUGGCUGGCCAGUUUGGUGGUGCAUUUACAGGAGAGGGGCUCUGUCCUCAGCCCGUGGUCCAUCAUGGCCUGUCUGUUGCUCCAGAUCCCCACUGCCACCCUCAUUAAAGAAGGUCUGGCAUGGGAACAACUCAUCCAGAGGACCAUCUGGCUCAGGAAGCUCGCACUGACCUUUGGGGCACGAUUUAACUGGCCUGAACACGUCCCUGACUCCGAGGUGAUGUCAUCCAGCAUGGCCCUACAUCGUUCUGUGGUUCUCCGAAAAGGUGGACACGUCCACCUACUUGAGGAGGAGGAGCCUGCAGGGAAGCAGCCGAUCAGCCCAGAGGAGGGCGUGGCCAGGAGAGCGGCAGCGGUACUUAUGGUGGCAUCCUAUAGGAAUCAGGCGCUGCACGUCUUUGUUCUUCCAGCUUUGCUGGCCGUAGCCAUGCAUGUCACAAAGAGCACACAGAGAGAUGAGCUCUUCACCUUUUUCAGCUUCCUACAAGACAUCUUCUCCAAUGAAUUAAUUUUUAUCCCUGGCUGUUUCACUCAGGACUUUGAGGAGGCUUGUACCAUGCUGGAGAAAUGCGGUGCUGUCCAGACCAGUCAACAGGAAGUGAUAGAGACAGAGAUGGGGCUGCAGACUACAUCCUUCCUGCGGGCUCUGCUACAACCUUUCAUCGACUCUUACCAGGUGGUGUUCAGUCACCUGUGUGAGGAUGACAUUAAGGUGUUCUCAGAGAAACACUUUGUACGCGCCUUACACAACCUGGCCACCAGGCUCAUCCUCUCAGGUGAGCUUCACUCCUAUGAGGCGCUUUCAUCCGAUACCCAAAAAAACGUUUUGUCUGCCCUGCUGAGACUGGAGGCCGUAACAAAGUUGAGGUUUGUUGAGCAGAAUGAAUACAGGGUCAACAAAGCGGCCGUCAGGAGAUUGGGAGACAUGCUCUCUGGUAAAAUCCCACCCCAGAUGCUCACGAUGGCACCUGACGCAAGACUUUAGCUUCUGUUGGAAUGGAUCCAACUUCACUAUCGUCCCCCCCCCCAUCAUACUUAGAGCCCCCCCCCCAUCGCCUCUUCUUUUUCUGUCUCUGUAUCUACAGGAACGUUUUAGCUCUCAGACCAGCUACCUCCUCCUGGAUGUCUGUCACCUGACUUUAAAACCUGGCUUAAACGUUUGCCCCCCCCCCCUGCGUGUCCAUUCACGUGUCACAGAGUUUUUUCUGUAAUUGUUGGCAACAUUUGUUGUUGCAAACCUAAUAGGUUUAUUUGGGAACACAAGAAACCAAUGUAGUCCUCCUAAUAGAAUCACAGUCUCUUAUUUUGGCUCUUUAAUGUGUGCCUUAAUGCCCUUAGAUUAAGAUACUGACCUGUAACUAUGAUUAAACAUUUAGCAGCUAUGUUGUGUGCUAGUUGAUUUGAUACUGCUCUUAUACGUCCUACACUUUUUGCACUGUAUGUAAGUAAGUACGUGUAAGUGCAUUUCAUAUGGCGUACAAUAAGGAGAGUUUGAAUGUGUUUGAAGCUUGUCCAAAAAGUGAACUUGUGGUGAAAGAUGUUGAAGGCAGCCUUGACACCGACUCAAGAGUAUGAUUGCAUGCGUGGGAAUUGAUCAUCAAUAAAUAACUGAAUCCCAUAAACUCAAAUGCCGCAAUAACAGACAUUAAAGAUGUGAAUUUGAAUAGGAAUACGUAUUUAUUUUAAAUCUUGUCAGUGUCAACAAAUAUAAAGCAUGUAAUAAAAUGAA